UGGCUAGAGAUACCAGUUUGGGAGUCUCAGGUGCCUUAAACCUAAAGUAUCUUCCAGAAGACCUGCAUCCUCGGACCUGGGAAAUCUUGAGGGCAGGGAUUAGUAAUUACAGAGAUUAGGAAGUGGCUGCCUGAACUGUUUUCCAAAGGAUAAACAUUACAAAGCACUGAACACGGCAGCUCACCAAGAAAAUCCUAUUGGUUUGGGGCAGGGGACACAGCUUCCAGUAGCUACAAGGGAUGCUGCUGCUCGGGUGCCAUCUGAAAGGAGCUCCUCACAAGGUUUUGUGUAGCUUCUGUGCAGGGAUGGGGAAGCUGCAAAGCAAACUCAAACACAGCACUUAUAAAUACAGCAGGCCCGAAGAAAUUAUAGAAGAGAGAACUCAAACUAAAGCUUGUCUGGAGUAUAGCCCAGCCCACGUGGAUACGGUCUCGGUCGUUGCUGCCCUGAACUCAGACCUGUGUGUCUCUGGAGGAAGAGAUAAGACGGUUGUGGCCUAUAACUGGAAGACUGGAAAUGUGGUGAAAAGGUUCAAAGGACAUGAGCGAGAAAUCACUAAGAUAGCCUGUAUUCACAAAUCCAGCCAGUUCUUCAGCGCCUCUCGUGACAGGAUGGUCAUGAUGUGGGACUUGCUUGACCCCUCACAACCAAGGCAGCAGUUCUCUGGCCACGCCAUGGUGGUCACUGGAUUGGCUGUGAGUCCAGACUCAUCACAGCUGUGCACUGGCUCUCGGGACAAUACUCUGCUUCUGUGGGACGUUGGGACCGGACAGUGUGCGGAGAGAGCUUCUGUCUCCAGGAACCUGGUCACUCACCUGUGCUGGGUCCCUCAAGAACCGUAUAUACUACAGACUUCUGAAGAUAAAACCAUCAGAUUAUGGGACAGCCGGGGGCUGCAGGUAGCUCAUGUAUUUCCUGCAAAGCAGCAUAUUCAGACCUAUUGUGAGGUCAGUGAGGAUGGACACAAGUGUAUCUCCUGCAGCAACGGCUUUGGAGGGGAAGGCUGUGAAGCCACGUUGUGGGACCUACGGCAGACGCGGAACAGAAUAUGUGAAUAUAAGGGCCAUUUCCAGACUGUCGCAUCCUGUGUCUUUCUACCAAGAGCACUGGCCUUGAUGCCUGUAAUUGCUACCUCGUCACAUGACUGCAAAGUGAAGAUUUGGAACCAAGAUACUGGAGCCUGCCUGUUCACCCUGUCCCUGGAUGGAUCAGGACCUCUGACCUCCCUGGCUGUUGGCGACACCGUCUACUUGCUGUGUGCAAGUUUCAGCAGAGGAAUUCACCUACUCCGAGUGGAGCGGGACCCCGGGCUGCACCUGCGGGAAGUGGCGGCCUUCUGAGGCCCAGAGACACUGGACAAUAGCAAACCGUGGCCCGUCCUUCCUCUGUGUGGCUUUGUUUUUCCCUGUGAUCUUGCGGGGAGGGCAAUGUGGGCCCUGGAUUCUCUGCUUAGGUUCACUUGGCAGGUGCAUCAGGGCUUGAAGGCCAGGUGCAGUUGAGAAACGUGGGCCAAGCGUAAGGUUCCCCGUCUCGGUGCAAACCACAAGCAGUUUGCAGGAACCUUUCGGACCGCUCUUUACAAACAAAGUUCGUGGCUCCGAACGAUGAGCUGUAGGUGUGAGAGUGAUAGGCCUCUGUCUGUGAGUCCGAACGCAGGGUUGAGUGUACUGGACUGACCUGUUCCAAGCCUCCCCAGAAGACAAAGCCGCAGGCGGAGCGGCGGUGUUCAGGUGGCCUCCUGGUUACCCAGCCGGGAGAGGGUAGCGCAGCCCCACAGGGGACAUGGCUUGCGGACGUGGGAUUCGGCUCCGGCCACUGCUCCUCGGCGAGGUGAAGAAGUCUUGGCUUCUACUCGGAGGAGCAGCCGAGCGCAGGUGGUGCAUCCCACACCAGCGCUGAGGAGGCAUGAAAAUUAGACCCCAGAUGGCUUGAAAAGUCCAACGACUGCAGGGCCUUGCCCCAAAUCCUAGUUAUCAGACCUAUGCUGUGCAUAAGAAAAUGGAGAGGUUCUAGAGAUUAAGGCUAAAAAAAAUGUCAUUUGUACAUUUUAAUAUUUUUGUUUCAUUUUAUAUAAACUCUUUUUGGGGGAUGGCCAGUGUGAGGCAAAGGGGAGUCUACAGCAGCAGUAGAACAUAGACAGCGAGUGCCUAGGUGGCUCAGGCAGUUGAGUGUCCAGUUUUUUUUUUUUUUUAAAGAUUUUAUUUAUUUAUUCAUGAGAGACAGAGAGAGAGGCAGAGACACAGGCAGAGGAAGAAGCAGGCUCUCUGCAGGAGCCUGAUGUGGGACUUGAUCCCCAACCCUGGGAUCAGGCCCUGAGUCAAAGGCAGACGCUCAACCACUAAGCCACCCAGGCGUCCCUGAGUGUCCAGUUCUUGAUUUCAGCUCAAUUCAUGAUCUCGAGGUUGUGGGAUUGAGCCUUGCAUCAGGCUGCACGAUUAGGGGGGAGUCUGCUGAAGAUUCUCUCUAAAAUAAAUAAGUAGGGCAGCCCCGGUGGCUCAGUGGUUUAGCGCCGCCUUCAGCCCGGGGCGUAAUCCUGGAGACCUGGGAUCAAGUCCCGUGUCAGGCUCCCUGCAUGGAGCCUGCUUCUCUCUCUGCCCCUCUCUCUCUCUCUGUGUCUCUCAUGAAUAAAUAAAUAAAAUUAAGAAAAAUGUGUUUUAAAAAAAUAAAAUAACAAAUAAAAAAGUAAAAUCUUAAAAAAAAAGAACAUAGAACAGAGGGAUGGACUCCACCUUCUGCUGCCAACCACUGAGCCCUCCUUGGUGAGGAGGGACUGGGUGUUCAGGCCGGCCUGUGUGGCCCCCAGGACAUCCGUCCCCAGGAUGGUGCUCGCAAACCCAUUUCCUUCAGGGAAGGUAGAGUCCCUCCUGCCUUCAGGAGAGCCCAAACAUAAGGCAGCUGAGGCCUGGACAUUAAAUUGUGUGUGUGGCUGAAAUUAUAAGAGGAUUUUUGUUUUUACUGAAAGGUUAAAAAUGAUCUGGAAAAGAUACAAUUUGGAGUGCUAUUCUUCACAUAUAAUCUAGACUGUCUAUAAUUUAGGUCCCAAUUUGUAUUUAAAAUAUUGUUUUCUUGGAAAUAGCUACCAGCUGGGGCACCGGGCUGGCUCAGUCAAAAGAGCAUGUGACUCAGUCUCAGGGUCAUGGGUUGGAGUCCCAAAUGGUACGGAGAUUACGUAAAUAAAUAAAACUUCAAAAAUAGGGCACUCAAAAAAAAAGGGCGGGGGGCAGCCCGGGUGGCUCAGCAGUUUAGCACUGCCUUCAGGCCAGGGACUGAUCCUAGAGACCCAGGAUCAAGUCCCUCAUCAGGCUUCCUGCAUGGAGCCUGCUUCUCCCUCUGCCUGUGUCUCUGCCUCUGUCUCUCUGUGUCUCUUGUAAAUAAAUAAAUAAAAUCUUUAAAAAAUAAAUAAAUAAAAAUAGAGCACUCAGUUAAGCGACUGCCUUCAGCUCAGGUCAUGAUCCCGGGGGUCCUGGGAUCCAGUCACCAUUGGGCCCCCUGCUCAGUGGGGAGUCUGCUUCCCCCUCUCCCUCUACCCCUCCCCGCUCAGGCGUGCUUUCUCUCUGGCUCUCAAAUAAAUCAAUAAAAUCUUUUUUAAAAAGUUAAAAUAGCUACCAGCGACUAAAGUACCGUGAUACAGUGAAUAUCACUGAUAUCAAAAAAGUAUCAGACAAGUUCCCUUUUUUCUUUUAAGAUUUUAUUUAUUUAUUCAUGAGAGACACAGAUAGAGAGGCAGAAACACAGGCAGAGGGAGAAGCAGGCUCCAGGCAGGGAGCCCGAUGCGGGACUCAAUCCCGGGACUCCACAUGCCCUGGGCUGAAGGCAGGUGCUAAACCGCUGAGCUAUCCAGGGGUCCCAGACAAGUUCCCAUCAUCACUAUCUUCCUGAACAGAUCUAAGAGAAAAAAUUAAAAAAUUUUAAAUUUAAAUUCUAUUUAACAUACAAUGCAAUAUUGGUUUCAGGAAUAGAAUUCAGGGCAACCCCGGGUGGCUCAGCAGUUUAGCGCCGCCUUCAGCCCGGGGUGUGAUCCUGGAGACCUGGGAUCGAGUCCCACAUCGGGCUCCCUGCACGGAGCCUGCUUCUCCCUCUG